AUGGCUGCAGGCCAAGGUGAUGGUGGGAACUCUGCUUCACAUGCUUAUUAUCGCGAAAUAGUUCGGCAGAUGAUGUUUGCUAACGGUGACCUUGAAGAUCCAGUCCCAACAUGUGUAGACCUCGUUUUGGACAUGGCGAAAUAUCAGAUGGUGAAAGCACUCGAGGACGCAUGGAAGAAAGCUCAGACUGAAAAGAGGGACUGUGUCAUGCUGGAGGACGUGCUCGUCUUGUUCAAGCACCACAAGUUCAUCCUGAAUAGGCUGCUGCAAUUUGCGAGAACAGCAGAAAGUGUGAACGAACUGAAACGAGCAGCUCCUCGGACGGCAAAAUUGGACGAGGAACGUGAAGAGGGAAAUCAGCUUCUUGAAAUGCGAGAUGUAGCCUAUGAAGAAAGAAAAAAGCGUAUUGCUCAUCUUGGCGAUGAUAUGACACAAGAGGAAUUUCUCAGAUUUACGGAAGCACGGCAAGCUACCUUCAGGGAUGAAGCGAAGCAGAAAACCAAAUUGUAA